AUGCGCUUUCUGUGUCUACAUGGUGCCGGCACCAAUGGCGAGAUUUUUGAGAUCCAGACCGGCGGACUUCGCCAGAAGCUCGAACAAAAGGGCCACACCUUCAAAUUCGUGAACGGCAAGCUGGACGCCGCCGUGGAGUCAGAACUUGAGGGCGUCGUUGACGGCCCAUUCUACAACCACUACCCACGCGAACCCGCCUUGCCCGGCGCCUGCCUCCCCGAGGCCUUCGAGCAUGUCCUGAACAUCAUCGCCACACAGGGCCCCUUUGAUGCCGUAAUGGGCUUCUCGCAAGGCGCUGCUCUUGCCAGCGCUCUGAUCGCCCACCAAGCCAAGACCCAUCCAGAGCAGCCGCCUCUGUUCCGCGCGGCUGUGUUUAUCUGCAGUGCGGCACCGUGGGAGAGCGCAGGGUUGAAGCAUAUUACUUCACAGCCUGAUACAUACGCGAUCAACAUCCCGACCGCGCAUAUUGUCGGCAAGAUGGAUUCGCUUUACCCUGAGAGUAUGAAGUUGUAUAAGCUUUGCGAGCCGAGCAAGGCGACGUUCUAUGACCAUGGAUCAAAGCACAUGGUGCCGUUUGAUAUGAAGAAUACAGAGGAGAUGUCCCGGGUGAUUGAGGAAACUAUUGCUAAAGCAAUUCGGGGUUGA